CAUCACCAGUUUGCCUGCAUACCCGCGCUCGCGCACCGGAUACGUGAUAUUUUCCCAAUCAAAAGGAGACGAUUUUCUGUCGCAACAUUAUUGAUAUAAUUGCACGAUUAUAAGAUUGCGGCGUUUGGUAUUUCAAUACAGAAUCUGCUGCUGGUAAAAUGCGAUAACCUGUUACAAUAACGCUCGCGUGAUUGAUGUGGUGGUCGCUGCUGUUUGAUGGUUUGCAGACGCAUCGCCUGUAAAGUUUCGAUGCUGCCGCGUCGGCUGACCUAGAGCAAAACAGUGGAGAGAAGACCUCAGUCUAAGGAACUGGAAAGGAUAGAUCAAAUGUCUUUUUCGGGACCUUUCGGCCUAUUGCUGAAUUUAUAUCUAGCCAGAUGGCCCCAAGAAAUGCGCGUAACGGUUUCUACAUUUUGGGCUCCAGUAACGGGAAUUGCAAAGCUGGAACCCAAGCCAUGUCGGAAUGGAUAGGCUUAUCGUGGUCGCAUAACGCUGGCCGAAAAUGUGUUGACCUGGACGGAGUCAGAGUGUGGACCAAAUGUCUGAUAUCUGUUGGAAUUACGUUGCUCCUGGUACCGUCCAUACUGGCCAUAGAUGAUGAAGGAAGACUUGAGGCAUCAGUACAAACCCCCAAUCCUUCCCAGGAUCCAACUGGAGCCCCAAACACCACAGUCUCUUCUUCACUGCUGGAAGAGGAAUAUUUUGAUUCGCAGUUACACUCCUUACCAGCAGGGGCAGAGAGCACAAGGGAAGAGCCUGUGUUUGCCUCAGUACAAACCCUGAAGGUUGCAGAGAAACUGCCUGAGGAGUUGGUGCAUUCUCUGUCCUCCCCACCCAGCAACAGUGACAAUCGCACCAAUCAAAAGUCUCCUGGGGAGCUGGCUGUCAGAGUGCCAAAGCCAGUGUCCCCGGCACAUAAAAGUGGUGUCUUGACCACUAGCUCAGACGAAACAAUCAGUGAAUUCCCCAGGAACCCUGAUCUGCCCACGGCCCCAGGUUCCUCUUUCAUGACUCUGGUAGACACGGACGCCUCCAUCACUGACAAUUUGACAAGUCCAGUCUCCAUUUCCACUUUCCCGUUUAUUGCCACCUCCCCUGAAAGGCCUGAAAACGCUUCAUCCGUCACUUCGACACACAACAACUCCCACAACAUGACCAGCGACAGUCUCCAACUUACCACAGUGACCACCACAACUGUCACGCCCUUAACUCUGACAUCCAUGACUGUGACUCUGCCUACUAUAGCCGCUGUGGCAAAAGAGGUAGAGACCACGCUGGUGCCCACAACAGUUGCCGAAACCACCACAACCAAGACAGAACUGCCAACGACAAUGACUAUGACCACCACAACCACAAUGACAACAACUACCACCACCACAAAAGUAGCAUCAACAACCACAAUAACACCAACAACCACUUUAGCGACCACCACAACAUCAGCCCCUCUUCAAACCACCGCUGUAUCUACCUCUGGAAGCACCACGACUGAACUGAGCACCCCACCCACUGAUAGUACUUUGUCCUGCAAUGUGACCGAACGGUUAUGGCUGAAAACAGUAUUGUCCAUGCAGAUGCGACGGAAUCGACUAGAGGCUGGAAUGAGACAGAACCUGUCAAAAGGUUUCACCCAGGCCCUGCAGAGAGCGUUCAAUGACAGCAGCAUCCGUGUUCAGUUGGAAAGAGAUAUCUGCGCCCCUUCAAAUGUGACCCUGGGGUAUUAUGUCAUGAGAGGGAAGACCAUUAUUGUAGCUUCUGUUGUGAUGGACACCAUAACGUCCUAUGGGUUUGAAAAGCUAUUGGAUGACAUCAGAGUGUAUGUGCCUGCCAUAUUGGCCGUCCCCUGUCCAGUGGCCCAUUGGCUACCCAGCCUCGGCAUCCACCUGCAACUCAAAACAGUUCUUAGGUUUGUCGGGCCAACAGAUGACAUCAAGUCUUGUGGUUUCAUCCAAAUGAUGGAGCAACGGUUGGAAAAUGUGUUUACUGAGGCACUGGAAAAAAUUGAGGACUCUUAUGGGGCUCUUUCAGUUGAGAUCCUGAACACAUAUCAAACAGGAAAUUCUUUGGCAGUGACUCUGGUGUAUAUAGUGUGGAAUGGUAGCACUCCUUUGAACGGUACAGUGUCCAGUGGUCUGCUUAACCAGUUAACUGCCGAGCUGGUGGGCUACUUUCUAUUCUUCCCCCCUCUGAUCAUUGCAGAGCCUCUAGAGUACCACAAUCUCAACACUUCAGUAGCAACCAGAGAUUACUGGGUAAUCACAGUAAUUCAGGACGUUGACAGCUCUUCUCUUGAGGGGAGUUAUCAGAGCUUUGCUAGUCUAAUGGAGCAGCGGCUGGUUGAGCUCUUUCUGGUCGCCAGUCGUCACGGUCUUCGCUUCAGGAGAGCCACAACUGUAAACGAAUACACUGUCCAGAUGGUCAGUAUACGGCGACUGCCUGGGCCCAAGAACCCAGCUGAAAUGACCUACUAUGUACAGAUAGAUGGUUCUCCUAUUACUGGCACCUCUGCGGCUAAAACCCUCAAUAUGGUGGACUCUCAAACCAUGGCUCUCACUCUGGGCUACUUUGUCCAAAUUCAGGCAGAAGCGGUGGUAAAGAGCCUGCCUAGUAACCUCUGGAUACUGGCAGUCCUGAUACCCGUAUCGCUAGUGAUGGCUGUGGUAAUCAUAGCGGUAGCUAUCAUAUGCAGAAGAAACCGAACUGUCUUCAAGACCAGUGCAUUUCGCAAUUUCCAUCCUCGCACCAAGGCUUCAUAUCGAAGAGAUGGAAGUUACCACCACCAGCCUGUGCAGGGUUUCGACUAUGCCAAGCAGCACAUGGGCCAGCCAGGUGAGGAGGCUCUCACUGUCACCAAGGAAACACUUGUCCUGUCCCUCCCCGUACGGGAUGCCCCACUCACACAGGACAGGGUGGCGGCGGCAUUACAAGAUGGGACGGCCUCAAAAAGACCUCAGUUGACAGAGAUGCAUCUCACCAGUUUGCCAAGUGAGGAAGGCUCUGUUUCGAGCAACGAUUCUGGGAAGCUGAACACAGGCAGGAGCACCACAGCUCGAAGAAGUACGGCACAGAAAGUGCCCAAAGAAGAGCAACACACAAGAAAUGACCAUUAUGACUCUCUAACUGGCUCUCUACGCCUCAUCACCAUCAAGCCUAUGGCUGCUCCACUCAAUUAUUCCUAUCCUGACUCGUCCAAUCACAGCCAAGACUCUGUUAUCCUGAAUGGAGAGGUAAACAUGGGGCUGAAGCAGAAGUCAGACAUUGAGCAUUAUCGGAACAAGUUGAGGUUAAAGGCUAAAAGGAAAGGUUACAGUGAUGGUCCUGUAUCUAGCAGUAGUGGAAGUGGCAGCGGCCACAUGUACAGCCAUCGAGACAGGCUAAGGCGAGAGAAUGCAUCCCUGGACUUAGAAGAUUUGCGGGGACCAAAGGAGGACAGAAAACCCUCCACUUACGUAAAGUACCGCAGGAGUGACUCCCAUAGGGAACCUACAUAUUGGAGCAGGCAGUCUCUGAACACCCCUAGUCCAGUGGAGACAGAGAUGGACAUGCUGGUCAUGAGGGAGAGAUCUAGAAGGGGAAUCCGCAACAGCGGCUACGAUGGUGAGCCAGAGCCGUUUGAAGAGACCGAUGUGGACCGCCUUCUGAGUUCCCUUGGUUUUGGUGGUGACCCUCAGGUCAAAGGUCAUUCUGACUCAUCCACCUUAAGUUCCCAACCAUCCAUUGAUGAAGUGAGGCAGCAGAUGCACCUACUCUUGGACAACGCCUUUGGCCUGGCCUCUGCUGAGCCUACACAAACCAACCACCACCACCAUCACCACCACCCUCAUAGUCCUUACAACCCCAGCCAUAGUAGCCCCUACUUGGAUGGAGUUACCAGCGCACCUGGCACUAUGAACCACCCCAACGGAGCUCUUCAGCGUGGCUCCUCCUUUGGGCCAGAUAUGCACCAGUGUAGCCUCCCCAAACCAGGAUUCAGGUUUACCCAGCUGCCUGAUAUGGGUUUGGGGUCCCCACCCCCCCUUAUUCCUCCAAGAGGAGGAGCCCCACCUGGAACUUCACUAAGACGGUCGACGCCAGACAUGAGUCUGAAGCCUCCUGUCUCUGAUGCCUCUGAGAUGAGUCAGCACAAUGGCACCCCCUAUCUGCCAAUCAAUCGAGCUCCCUUCCCCGCUGUUACUGUCGACGAGUCUAUGACAAGCUACUCAGGAAACCCAAUGACAGCAGUAUAUGCCAUAUCUGCCAACCGCCCUGGCUACUCUGACUACUUUGUCCUGUCUCCACCAUCCUCCUACCGCAGUCCCUCUUGGAUGUCAUACCCUCCAGAGCCAGAAGACCUUCCACGUCAGUGGAAUGACACGGUAAAGAACCAGUGUCAUCUAGAAACCAUUUGCUGAACUGGAUUAAUUUCUGAUGUUGAGCAGACACAGAAAUUUACGAGGGGUGCAUACCACCAAAAAUAAUUGUUGCCCACUUUGAAAUUACUCAUCCAGCAGUCCUAACACACCUCAGAGCUCGGCUGAACGGCUAACCAGACCCAUAAUCCACAACCUCACCUGCCAGCCUCAGCAAGAUGCAGCACCUGAGGGUAAAUCGCAACCUGUCCUUGACGUAAAAACCACGCUGAACAAACAGCGGGUUGUCUCACUGGCCAAAACUGUGUUUUUCUUAAAGCUUUUUCAAAUUACAAAACAAGUGUUGUAUCUUAUGCAGGUGGUUUUAUGUGUUUUAAACACCAAGUUACUAAUAAUGGAAAACUAAAACACGUUUUUUUUUUUUUUUUCGUCUUGGGCGAUCUUAGCUUCACUGAUGCGUAUCUGUGUCUUUUGCUCUCAUUCGUGCAUUUUUUAAGAAAAGGUUAUAACUGCAGGUGACUCUUUUUGUGCACACUGUAUGGCUUAUGUAAAAAUGGUGGCGAUGAAUGGCGUAAAAGGAAUUUACAAUUUGGAGAGAUGUGACAUCCUGUACUGUAUCUACUGUAGUCACAACGCAUUCAAGCAGAAAUAGUAGACGCUUUUUCUUUCUCUCAGAAAUGCCAUAGCUUAUGCUGUAUUAAAGUGUUUCACAAUGCACAGCCGUUCAUAAAAGGCAUGAAUCAUCUUUUGAGAGUUUAGGUAUGGUGUGGGAAGAUAGCCAUAAAGGUUUAGUUGACAAAGCGAUUUAAAAGUAGUUAAACCCAGAUGCCAGAAUUAUAGUAGAAAGCAAGGGCUAGACUUUAAGAGGAUUCAUAUUUUUACUAGCUUUUUGUAAGUACUUAAAGAGUAACUAAAAAUACAAUAUACAGUAUCUCACAGAAGUGAGUACACCCCUCA